CUGAAGCAGAACCACGGUGACGGGGCGGCGGCGGAGGCGGGUCGUCCAAGGGCCCAGAGCCCCUGCAGCAGGCGGAAAGGCCUGUUCUGUCUUAGCCACACGAAGAUGAACAAACUGAACUUCCACAACAACAAAACCAUGCAGGACCGCCGCUGUGUCUGUGUUUUUUUGCCCAACGACGACACUCUCAAUAUCAUCGUCAACGUGAAGACUCUGUGCCAGGAAUUGUUGGUCCAGGUGUGUGACCUCCUGAGGCUGAAAGACUGUCAUCUCUUUGGGCUCAGCGUCAUUCAGAAUAAUGAGCACAUCUACAUGGAGCUGGAUCAGAAGCUGUCCAAGUACUGCCCUAAAGAAUGGAAGAGAGAAGCCAGCAAGGGCAUUGACCAGUUUGGGCCUCCAAUGAUCAUUCACUUCAGAGCUCAAUAUUAUGUGGAAAACGGGAGGCUGAUCAGCGACCGGGUGGCCCGCUACUACUACUACUGGCACCUGAGGAAGCAGGUGCUGCUCUCGCAGUGCAUCCAAAGAGAGGAGGCGUACUUCCUCCUCGCAGCCUUCGCUCUCCAGGCUGACCUCGGAAACUUCAAACGCAACAAGCACUUUGGGAAGUACUUUGAACCCGAGGACUACUUCCCCCCGUGGGUGGUUGCCAAACGGGGCCGUGAAUACAUCCUGAGGCAUAUCCCCAACAUGCACAAAGACCAGUUUGCUCUCACGGCCUCAGAGGCACACCUCAAGUACAUUAAGGAGUGCGCCCAGCUGGAUGAUGUCACAGUCCACUACUACAAACUUUACAAGGACAAAAAGGAAACUGAAGCGUCUCUCACACUGGGACUGACUUUACGUGGAAUCCAAAUAUUUCAGAACGUGGGCUCCGUGAGGCAGCUGCUGUACGACUUCCCCUGGACCAACGUGGGAAAACUGGUAUUUGUGGGGAAGAAGUUUGAGAUCCUGCCCGACGGCCUGCCAUCAGCCCGUAAACUCAUCUACUACACGGGCUGUCCCGUGCGCUCGCGCCACCUCCUGCAGCUGCUCAGCAACAGCCACCGGCUCUACAUGAACCUGCAGCCCGUGCUCAAACAAGUCCGCAGGCUGGAGGAAAACGAAGAGAAGAAGCAGUACCGGGAGUCCUACAUCAGCGACGCGCUGGAGCUGGACAUGGAGCAGCUGGACAAGCGCUCCCGGGCCAGCGGCAGCAGCGCCGGCAGCAUGUCCCACCACAAACGCCUCUCCCGCCACUCCACCACCAGCCACGGCAGCUCCCACACCUCCGGCAUCGAGACGGACAGCUUCAGGGCCCCCGGGCAGGCCCCCCACAGGGCCCUGCGCACGUGCAGCUCCUCCACCACCAGCCACGGCAGCUCCCACACCUCCGGCAUCGAGAGCAGCGGCAAGGAGCGCAUCUUAGACGACGACGAGAUCGAGAUGCUCGUGGACGACCCCAAAGACUACGAGGAGCUUCACGAGAUGGCCCUGGACCAGGAGCUGUGUAUCCACAUCACGGAGGACAUGCUGACCAUGUCCCCCGAUCAGAGCAACGGGUACUCAGGUAGAGCUCAGUGGGUCUGCUCCACGCGGCGGCCCCAGAACACGGCCAUCAGGUCUCCCCUCCGAAACCAACCUGAACCUGUUCUUGUGUUCAUUCAAGGACUCAUCGUAAAGGACGUCAGCUCGUCAACUUCCAGCUCCUCGGAGACGGUGGUCAAGAUGAGAGGACAGAGCAUUGAGUCUCUCCCACAGGCCCUGGCCGAGCAGCGCGCCGCCAUGCUCGCCGAGCAGCACCCGUUCCCCAUCAAGAGGACCAACAAGUACUUCUCUCUGGACCUGACCAGCGAAGAGGUGCCCGAGUUCGUGGUGUGA